AUGCGAAAAGGGGAAAUUUGUCUAUAUAAAAGCAAUGAAAUAAGACAACCUAAUAUCCAACAAGAUCCUAUUCCCAUCAUUGAAAGUGUGUACAACGACGAGGUAGACAUUGAAAAUGGUGUAGGGAAUGGCGAAAACAUUAGAAAUCGUAUUUCAAGGGAAGCUGUUCUCAAGGUAUGGAUUCAAAACCGGAUAUUUUGCAACUUGGGGAACCGAUCAUGCCCGGAACAUUUUGAGAAUGGUUACUUUUCUGAAGAAUCUGUUGCUCUAUUGCGAUUGCGGGCUGCUCCUAGACAGCUUACUCAUGGUGACAAUGAAUGUUUAAUUAAUCUGCUCACUGAUCGCGUAGUAGCUCUUAAAGAAAAAAGCAAGAUAUUCGAUUUUGAUAAUGAAAAUAUGGAUGAUGACUAUUGCAAGUGCUUAACCGGAUUAAAAACAAGAAGCUCCAAGAAGCUCCAAGAAGCUCCAAGAAGCUCCAAGAAGCUCCAAGAAGCUCCAAGAAGCUCCAAGAAGCUCCAAGAAGCUCCAAGAAGCUCCAAGAAGCUCCAAGAAGCUGCAAGAAGCUCCAAGAAGCCCCAAGAAGUCAAGAAGCUCCUAGUUGCUCCUAGAAGCUCUGAGAAACAGGAAGUACCGAGUUACGUAGUUGCUCCAGGAAGCUCCAAGAUCUAA